AGAGAGAGAGAGAGAAUCCGAUAAGGCGAGAGAGAGAAUGCAGCUCGCCACCACCAUUUCUCUACUCCUGCCAUCUCCAUCUCCAUCUCCAUCUCGACUCUCUCCUUCUCUUCAGUCCCUGAUUAUCCCCAGGAGAUUAUGCUCUAUCUCAUACUCUUCACAAACGUCGAUUCUCCCGGAUGCCGCCGAUGACUUCACCGUGGGAGACUGUCUCGUCUACGAGGACGGCGUCUUCGAAGACCCUUACCUCGAGGAGGAGGUCAGUCUCGAAGCGGUCAAAGAGCGGAAGAUUCCGAAGCGGCGGGGCAGGGGAAAGAGAAUAGUUCAAGCGGCGGCGGCGGCGGAGAUCGAGCCGGAGAACCUCGUGCCGGAUGAGUGGAGGGAUGUUCAGGCGGAGGUGAACCUGACGAAGAAGGACAAGAGGAAAAUAGCGCAGGAGCUGGAGUUCGGAGUGAGUGUGGAGAAGAAGAGGCAAGGGCUGAUUCCGCUGAGGAAGGUGGAUUUGAAGGAGUAUUUAACGUACAAGGAAGUCAAGCUGGAUCAGUUGAAACCUGUUGUUCUCGAUAAACCGACGACGUUUGAUGGAGAUGGAGGGGAGAGGGGUGAAGAAACGUAUUCGAGUGAGCGAGUAGCACCGAAGAACCCUAGAUGGGCGGUUUAUGGAAAAGGAUUCGAACACGUCACCAAGUUCUUCAAUAGCGAUAAGUAUGAUCCCAGUGGCAAGAAGCUCGACGGCCCUCGGAAGCUGCUUUCUAAAGAAGAGAAGUUUAUGCUCAAUAGCCGAAAUCCUCACCUAGCUGUUGCCACCUCAAAAAAGUGGCUUCCUCUUCACACACUGGCAGCUUCGGGAGAAUUUUAUCUGGUUGACUCCUUGCUUAAGCACAAUCUUGAUAUCAAUGCAACGGACGUGGGCGGCUUGACAGCACUUCACCGAGCAAUAAUAGGUAAAAAACAGGCGAUUACAAACUACCUGCUGAGGGAAUCGGCAAACCCGUUUGUUCUUGAUGAUGAAGGUGCGACUUUGAUGCACUAUGCUGUGCAGACAGCAUCAGCUCCCACAAUAAAACUUCUCCUGCUGUAUAACGCUGACAUAAACGCGCAAGACAGGGACGGGUGGACGCCCCUGCACGUUGCAGUACAGGCCAGAAGAAGCGACAUCGUGAAACUUCUUUUGAUAAAAGGGGCUGACAUACAAGUGAAGAACAAGGAUGGGUUAACUCCGCUGGGCCUUUGCCUCUACCUUGGAAGAGAGACAAGGACGUAUGAAGUGUUGAAAAUGUUGAAAGAGUUUCCCCGUAGUAGACUCAAGAGAUUGGUAACGGAUUAAGCUUUACUGGACCACGCUCUCACAUUUUGGUCGGUGUUUUUCUUUUGCGUUUGUUUUCGCACCGGAAAUUAACAAAGCCGAAAUCAUAUUUACCCAAAAGAAUAUUACUACCUGUAUAAUAUGUAUAAUAUUAAUACUAGAUUUUGAUUCAGGCUUUCAAAACGCAUAAUUUUUUUUGUUGAA